CCUUGGUGUUUGGAUGUUCAGUUCUACCUUUUUAUCGUAUUCUGUUUGGAUUUAUGCUAUGUUCUUCAUGUUGGAUUACCCAUUUUGUUGGAGUUACGGUUUGGAUUUAAUCCGUCUUAACGCUGCAGUAUCUUUUUUUUCCCCAUGAACCGUAAGUUUCAUUAAACUCACUUUAGUUGGUUGUCUUGUGUUCUGGAUGUAGGUCCUCUGAAAAAAUUAAACAUUACGUCAAGUUUAACUACUCUUAACAUACUUUAAGAGAACAAUGUAAACCCACUUUUAACUAAACAUGUCACCGACAAACAAAAAGAACAAUUUAAACACAAAUGUCUGGGGUUUUCUUCUCAUGUGGGUGAUGUAAUCUUCCAAUAUCCUCUAAUAGUGUCUCUUUGGAUUUCCAUCACUCUCGACUUUAACAAUAGCUGCUGCAGUAAUAAUGGAGGACAGAUGCUCCUUGCACUGGGAACUGCAGCAGUGAAUUUAAAUAUAUUAAUCUUAGCGGUGUAGUAAUAUGAGGCAUGGACGUGGGACAUUAUUCAGUUUAAUCAAAUCAUUUGGUUCCAUUAGUACUGGAGGUGCACGCUCAUCUUUGCAGCCUUGCACAAGCGCACACAAAGUUCUGUAAUAACUGUGUAAUAAGUACUGUAGGCACAAUCAGAUCGGGUUUCUUUUCAUUUGAUUCACUGCUGCGUCAUCUCCUUCGUAUGUAUGCACAUACAGUAAUCCAGGGAGUGGACCGCUGGUGUUGCCUUUCCCAACAGAGACCUCUGCUGGUGACAAGUGCAACUGAGGUUGGUUGAGAAGGAAAAAGGGGGGAUUGAAAGAAUUAAAACCAUUCAGCUUUCAAUCAUUUUCAGCGGGGUACACCCCGAACAGGUCGCCAGUCUAUCACAAGGCUAACACACAGAGAGGCAGACAAGCAUUCCCACUCGCACCUACAGCCAAUUUAAAAUCACCAAUUGACCUAACGAGCACGUCUUUGGACGGUGGGAGGAAGCCGGAGCAUUCAGAGAGAAACCACGCAAGCACAGGGAGAACAUGCCUGGCUAUUUAGGUUGAUGUCCAUGGCGAAUUAUUGGGAAGAAUUCAUGAGAAGAUCAAAUAUGUAUCUAUUAAAUAGCUUCAUGCAUUUAAGACAACAUUCAGAUGAGCUCCUCGCGGAUCUCUAAUGAACUGCAAGACAUGAAGAAAGAGAAAUGGGUAAAGAACCCUGGCGUCUCACACAGCGCCAUCUCAGAAUUGCAGAACUAAAACUCGGUUACUUCUGUCAACAACGUUCGCACUGAAACAAACAAACUGGGCUCGCAAAUCCAACAAUGCAUUGUUAAAUUCAGUGGGAACUGCUGCUGCAUUAAAAUGAGGACAGGGAAGUGAAAAGAGGACUGAAGAAAACUGAAAGCAUUCAUGAGUCGCAUUUCCACAGAAAAGGAACAGAGCGGUUUAUUUCCUUUGAUAAUUGACACUUUAUUCGUAUAAACUGAGAUCUCAUCAUAUUUUGCAUGCACAAAAUGACCAAGUAUAUGUAUAUGUUUAGUAAAACUUAUUAGACAUUAUUGCAUAUUUAAAGACUGGAAAGCAACAGUUAAAUGUACAGCCUGGUCAGUUUGGUAGAGAGUUAUCAUUUAGUUUUUUUAUUUUCCGUCCAAAAAAUCACAGAUUGUGCAAAAUCAAACUUUUUCUAAACUGAAGGAAAAUAUGUCUUUCCAACCCACGAGGCAUCUGAGUCACUGCUGUAUGACGUACAGUGAAGCAAUAAGUUCCUCCAGUGAUGACAAAGAAUAAGGUUUGUUUUGACAGUUAAUGAUAAUUACAUCAAAUAUUAGUAUAGAAUACUUUUAGCUCAUGAAAUAGAAAUGGUAUAAUUUUGCUAUUUAUACAGAGAAUUUUAAUUAAACAUCUUCGUUCGCCUGGAGAGAAGCGCACAAACAAAGUGAGAACAAAGUAGUUCAGAACUCGCCUGAGAAUCACCACGUCUUUAGGUUUUCUCAGCGUCAAAGUAAUUCACUGAUAGCUUGCGCUGAACCUAGAAAGCGGAAGGAACUCUUAAUAUCUGUUUUGGCACUAAUAAAAUGUGGCAAAUGACUGCGCCCAUGGCAACAUUAUACUUCCUAUUUCGUAAAAAUAGUUCACAUUUUCCAACAUACUAAAUUUAAAUAGAACAUCCCACCCCUAUCCUCACGAUUGAGCUCAUGAGCCACCCAAAGACAUGUUAAAAUAUUCAGUAAACACCAAAGGAGACAUGAAACACAAAAAUUUUAUAUCAAUUGAACAACCUGAAUGAAAAUGUGUUAAAAAAAAAAAAAAACUCAGAUAUGAAUCCUUCUCAGCAAAAAUGUUUCUGAAGGAUGGAGUUCCCCCUUUGGUCAGGGUGGAUUCCCAGAAGGCGUGCACCUCCAAGAUUUAAACAUUUCCAGGAGCAUAUUUUCACGUCAUUCUGUCUAUAACUGAGAUUGAGUAAAUCUCCCAAUAAUUCACUGUGAAUUGCUGCUAUAUCUUAGCCCAGCCCGGCUAUUCCUCCCAGCAUACAGACUUCACUCACUGAGAGAAGCUUCUCCAGCUGUCUGUAAGCCAAGCUUCAUGUAUCGACCUUCUGACGGUGAGCUCACAUUUACGCGACUGAUCCAGUUUCCUCAAAGUGUUCUAAAGCUCCGUGCACUGCCCCCUUAGAAACCUCACGUCUAGCCAUGAUUCGGCUCUGAGAAAGCCCCGCUCGCUUUGAGAAAAACAGUCUGACAGCUUCACAUUGCUUGUAAAUUACCAAAAUUCUGCAGGAAAAUUGAGGCCCAGCCAGAUUUAUGAUGUGGUUGACGUAGUUGAUGUGGUUGUUUAGGGAGUUAGGAAUCCAACAUUUCAAGAAGAUCUGAGCUUUGACAUGAACGAGCAAAAAUUAUCAAGAGCUGAGAUAUUGCGAAAAUACUCAGCUAAGCCAUGACAUAAAGAUGGCAGAUGCAAAUGUCCUUUUAUUUUAUUUAUUUUUUUAACUUUUGGACACCACGGUACACGGCAUGCAUCCCCUAACAGGCCUGUAGUCCACAACUGAACAGUAGAAAAUAUUCCUACCAGAUAGCAGAGAAGAGGAAGUGCUAUGCUUUAUUUGCAUUAGUCAGUUCUGGACAUUUCGGAGGAAGUGGGCAAAGCCACAACUCCUUGUGUGACAAUAACAUAAGUGAAAGUCAAAAGAAGGGGAAUAAAUGAUUUAAUAAAAUGAUUCACACAAAUGUCUAAAUAUUGCUUUGAUUUUGCGAGAUACAUCACUGCCUGGGAUGGUGUGAGACUUGGAUAUAUUCAACACAGUUUAGAGGUAAGAUGACAAAAAAAAAAAAAAACUCUCACUUCCUUAGUGGAUCCAUAAAAAGGGGAGUUGUCUAGACUCUUCUCAUAAUGUUCCAGCAAGUGGGGAUAGUUUAACUACAAGCUUCUAUGCUCUCAUUGGUGUGGCGCAGUUUAACUUCACUAGUUGAUGCAUACAUUGGAACAAAGAUUUAAAAAAAAAAAAAAAAAUGGAUGCCGAAUUGAAACCUAACGGAGGAUCAAAAUGUCCUCAACUCAGCAUUAUUUUCCUCUUGCUGAACAUCUUUACUUUCGCUCUCCCAGUUGAGGGUUUCGCUCUGAAGAGUUGCCGAAUCAGCUACAAUAAAGCCCUGUGUGACAAGAAUAAACUCAAAUCUGUUCCACAAGAUAUACCCUCCAGCGUGAUAGGCUGCAGUUUAUCCGUAAACAAAAUUUCAAGAAUACACGCAUUGGAUUUCAAAAAUAUACCCGCCUUGAAGCAGCUAGAUCUUGACCAUAACAACAUUUCGCAGAUAGAUGCCGGUGGGUUUUCAUAUCUGACCUCCCUGGAGAAGUUAAAUCUGAAUUACAACAAACUUGCUUACCUGGGAGAGAAUGCAUUUGAUGGUCUGAGCCACCUCGUUGAACUCAGAAUUUCCAAAAACUACAUCAAAGAAGUGGCACCAACCUCCUUCAAGUCCAUGGAGAGCUUAAGGUUUUUGGACAUUUCUAAUAACAGACUGCGCUGCAUUACGAAAGUUCAUUUACUGUUGCAGCAUCUACCACAGCUACGGGAGCUGUACGUUAGAAGCAAUGAUUUCAAGACUUUUCAGUCAUGGGAAUUAACCAACACCUCACUAAAUCUUCGCUACCUUGAUUUGUCCAACAAUCCCAUCAUGGCCUUCAGGAUGAAUGCUGAUGUUUUACCAAAUCUCACCUGGUUUAAAAUCGGCGAAUCAAAGCAACCGAUGAAAUGGGAAGUGAGUAAUGGCACUUUUCUGAGUCAAGUGUCUACUCUUGAUAUUAGUGGGCUUCGAAUGACUGUUAAUGACACGAAAAGUUUACUAGGAGCAAUGAACUCGUCGCUAACUACUCUGAGGAUGAACAGAAUGAAAGGCUACCUCAGCACGCUGAUCAACAUCUCCUGCACCAUCCCAACGAUGUCCGAGCUCCAGCUUCGGGACAACAAGCUCGGUUUUAUUGGUUCAUAUACAUUUAAAUUGUGCAGCAACUUAACGGAAUUAGAUUUGUCACUCAAUCACAUAAAAAAUAUCCAUGACGACGCCUUCACAUCCCUUCAGAAUUUAAGGAUCUUGACUCUGAGUCGCAACAGGCUCCCAUCCGUCCCAGCCGCCACAAGGACUAUACCAGCUCUUGCAGAGCUUGAUCUCAGCACCAAUAACAUUAGCGCACUCACUUGUACCGAUUUUGCCAAUCAGACAAAACUCCAAAGGCUCAGCCUUUACCAGAAUUCAUUCCCAACUCUGAAGGAGUGUCUCUUCAAGGGCUUAACAAAACUCCAAACACUUAAGAUGCAGACCUGCCAAAUAACCAAAUUAAACCAUGCUUUCAAAAAUCACCUGCCAAAUCUUAGAAGCCUGCAUUUGAAUGGAAAUAAACUCACCAUAAUCAAAAACAGGGAAUUUGAAGGCUUGCGAUCCCUUCAGAACUUGUCAUUACAUCAAAAUGAAAUAAGUCAGUUUGAGAAGGAGAGCUUCAUUGGACUGACUAAUCUUACCGACUUAAGGCUGCAAAUAAAUAAGAUCAAAAGAGAAGCCAUCGACACAGGCGCUUUCAAUGCUAUGAUUAACUUAAGAAGACUGGAUUUGAGGGACAAUCAUAUCAAAUAUACGGACAGCUCAGCUUUGUCUCAUCCACCAUUUUCUAGUCUCUCUCGUCUGGAGGAACUGUCUAUCCCUGGACAACACUACAGGGGGAGGUCUCUUCUGCCCCUCAACUUCCUGCAAGGGUUGACCAAUCUUGUGCUUUUUGACUGCAGGAAUACCGAACUUAUAACUCUGCACAAAGACACGUUCAACUACACGCCAAAGCUGAAAGUGCUUAACAUUGCCUCAAAUGAGUUUUCCCAACUAUCUGUAGAUCUGUUUUUACCAAUCCCGAAACUUAAAAGCCUUUAUAUAUCCAGAACAAACCUUCGAUCUCUAGAUUUCUUUAAAGAUGCCAACUUGACCAAUCUGGAGUUCUUGCAGUCAAGAAAGAAUACAUAUUCUGUGAUAAGCGAAGAAGUAAUAAAGUCUCUGCCAGCUCUGGUUUAUCUAGAUCUUCAGGGUAACAGUUUCACAUGUGACUGUGAUAACAGCAAGUUCCAAGACUGGGUGAAAAACAGCACACAAACACAAGUCUUUGACGCUUACAGCUUUGUGUGCAACUAUCCACCCAAGCUUAAAAACAAGAAGCUGUUGGACUUUGACACCGGGCAGUGUUUACUGGACGCCGGCUUCAUCUGUUAUGUGUUCACCACGUCCACAGUCCUCUGCUUCAUGAUCAUGUCAUUCAUCUACCAUUUCAUGCGGUGGCAGCUGGUUUACGGCUAUUACCUUUUCUUGGCUUGGCUCUUUGACACAAAGCAUAAGAACAAGCAGGCUACUAAUCAGUAUGACGCCUUUAUCUCCUAUAACACUGACGACGAGCCCUGGGUCAUUAACAAGCUCUUACCAAAACUGGAAGACGAACAGGGCUGGAAGCUGUGUCUGCACCAUAGAGAUUUUGAACCAGGUAAACCCAUCAUAGAUAACAUCACGGACGCCAUCUAUGGAAGCAGGAAGACCAUCUGUGUGAUCAGUCGCAAAUACCUAGAGAGCGAGUGGUGCUCUCGGGAGAUCCAGGCGGCCAGUUUCCGUCUGUUCGAUGAGAAGAAGGACGUGCUGAUCCUGGUGUUUCUGGAGGAGAUCCCCGACUCUCAGCUGUCUCCUUACCACCGCAUGAGGAAGCUGCUGAAGAGGCAAACCUACCUGAGCUGGCCACGAGCCGAGGAGCACACUGAGGUCUUCUGGGAGAAACUCCGUCAGGCUCUGAAGACGAGAGAUAAUCAGGGAGAAGGCCAGCUGCUGCUCAGUGUGGUGGAAGCACAGUGAUGCAUGUUUGUCACACCUAACUGUUUCAUCAAACAAACUUAAAUAUUAGUCAAAGAUAACACAAGUUAACACAAAAUGCCUUGGUCUUUAUUAUUAUGGUAGAAAAAAAAUCAAACCUACAUGGGCCUGUGUUAAAAAGUGAUUGCCCCCUCAAUCUAAUAACUGGUUGGGCCACCCUCAGCAGCAGAAACUGCAGUCAAGUGUAACUUGAUUUGAGUCUGACCCAGUCAUCCUUGCAGAAUUGUUGUAAUUCAGCAACUUUGGGGGGUUUUCCAGCAUGAACCACCUUUUUAAGGUCAUGCCUCAGCAUCUCAAUAGGAGUCAGGUCAGGACUUUGACUAGGCCACUUCAAAUCUUCAUUUUGUUUUUCUUCUGCCAUUCAGACGUGGUCAGACUUGCCGGUGUGUUUUGAUCAAUAUCCUGCUGCAGAAUACAAGUUCGCUUCAGCUUGUGGUCACAAACAGAUUGCCGGACAUUUUUUGGUAGACAGCAGAAUUCAUGACUCCAUUUAUCGCAGCAAGUCCUCCAGGUCCUUAAGCAGCAAAACAGCCCCAGACCAUCACACUAUCACCACCAGAUUUUACUGUUGGUAUGGCGUUCUUUUUCUGAAAUGCUGUGUUACUUUUACACAGGGUAUUUUCCCAAAAGUCUUGAGGAUCAUCAAGAUGUUUUCUGGCAAAAUGGUCUUUGAACUCUGCUAUGAGGCCAUUUUAACCCAGACUCUUUCUUAUGGUAGAGUCAUCAUCACUGAACUUAACUGAGGCAAAUGAGGCUAUUGAAGUGAUUUCUUGAUUGAGAACAGGUGUGACAGUCAUCAGGGAGGGGGCCAACACUUUAUGUGCUUCAGUGCUUGUGGGCAAUGCGGGAGCCGCAGGUUAAUCUGCCAUUCUAAUCAAACCGGAAAACCAAGUUAUGGCCGGGCAUGAAUGAAGUCUGUUUGUAACUUAGUGAAAGGCUGUCAAUAAGGAACUCAAAACAAGCUAAAUGAUUUUCAGACACCAGCUAUAAGGUAUCUGCCCUCUGAUUUAUGUACAGUUCACUUUCAAUAUCACAGAUAUAUUUCCUGGUUACAAACGAACCAAGUAACCACACGUAUUUUAAAUAUUUUCCUGAAUGUAGUAAAAGAAAAAAAAGGAAUAAUGGCCCAUGGUUACUUGGUUUGUACAUACUAAUAGCUGGCUUUCAACUGUUAUCUUCUUCGGAUAUGAAACAUUUCCAUACAUACAUAAACUUCUUUUCUAAUGUACGCUUUUUAAUUUUUAUUUUAAGGGGUUGUGGUGGUUAGCAACGAUGCCCUACAGCAAUAAGGCCUGGGGUCGUUUACUGUUUUCAUUACCACCCUUAUUUUAAGGAGUUCGUGAGCCUUGAUGUGUUGUUUAGGUUUUCAGAAGUGCCAGAAAGGGAAAGGAAAUAUAGUUUAAUUUCAUCAUAUAUAUAUAUAUAUAUAUAUAUAUAUAGCCUUGCAUACCUCUGUUUAAAGGUGAACUGGUUAGCUAAUGAUUCACUGAGUCACUGAAGUGCUAACAGAUGUAAUCACAGUUUGUAGCUUUGUGCCACCACUCACACCUCACCUUGGCCAUAGCAUAUACAGGCCAUCAAGGCCAUGCUAACUUUACAACUCUGUUAUGGAGAUAGGGAAACAAAGAGUGGCCCAUUGUGUAGUUUUUAACAGCAGAUAAAGGUGGAGAUAAAAUGGAGCUUAGCUAUUUCUCUCUUAUGGACUAUAUAAGGGUGGUAGCUUGAAAAUGCUACACCCAAACUAAUCAGGGUACACCUCAGCAGGGUUCAUUUGUAUAUGAGAUUACUACGUUAUUAGGUUAGAGGGGAUUGAGAGAUGUCGAAUUAAUUAUCUCGUUAUCACGGGAAAACAGGUGGAAUAAAAUGUAUAUAUGUAUGACCCUUUAGGGUUUCCGUAGUUGUUAUAUAUUACAGUAUUCUUGUGUUUGUUUUCAGUGUACUUAAAACUGACACAUGUGUAUUAUCAAAUAUCUGUUUUAAUAAAGUCUUUAAAAAUAUGAA